AUGACGUGGAGCACGACGUUCAAGCAGUCGAUUGCCAACAUUGGCCAUGUGCUGCUGGUGCUCAUGCCGUGGCGAGACCCCGUGCCACUGACGCGCGCGUGGUGUUUGUGGGAGAUCUUCUGUGGCAUCAGCAACGAGGGCACAGAGGUCACCAUCCAACUACCCAACAGCGAAGAGCAGGCGCUCGAAAACGCCAUUCGCAGCAGCUACAAAGCCGUGACAGACACGCUGGUGCGCGUGCAGGCAGAGCGAGCCGACGCCUUCAACCCACACGACAAACACAUGAUCUUCACAGCGAUCGAGUCGUGGGCGGGCGGCUUCAGCGCAGUCAACCAGGCCGUGAAAGACCAGCUGCGCGCGUGGUGCCUGCAAAAGGCGGUGGGUGCCGUCGAAGCCAUGCGGGCACGAGGCGAGGACAGCACAGUCGCCUUCGCGGGGCUGUGUGGCCACGUUGGGCUGGUGCUGUACCAGUUUGGCGAGCACGACAAGGCCAUUGCGUUCUACGAGACAGCACUGCCGAUUUAUCUCCGCACCGAAGGGGAGAAAGGGAGGAACGUGGCGGCACCGUACGGCAACCUCGGCAACGCCUACUGCAGCAAGGGCGAGCAUGACAAGGCCAUUGCUUACCAUGAGAAGGCCCUCGCCAUCAGGGUGGAGACGCUGGGCGAGAAGCACCCGAGCACAGCCGACACCUACGACAACCUCGGCACUGUCUACGCCAGCAAGGGCGAGUACGACAAGGCGAUUGCGUUUUAUGAGAAGGCCCUCGCCAUCAGGGUGGAGGCGUGGGGCGAGAAGCACCCGAGCACAGCCGACACCUACAACAACCUCAGCGCCGCCUACAGGAACAAGGGCGAGUACGACAAGGCGAUUGAGUUUUAUGAGAAGGCCCUCGCCGUCUUCGUGGAGACGCUGGGCGAGAAGCACCUGAGCACAGCGACCACGUACAACAACCUCGGCAACACAUACGACAGCAAGGGCGAGUACGACAAGGCGAUUGCGUUGUAUGAGAAGGCGCUCGCCGUCUACGUGGAGACGCUGGGUGAGAAGCACCCGAGCACAGCAGCCACGUACAACAACCUCGGCAUCGCCUACUUCAGCAAGGGCGAGUACGACAAGGCGAUUGCGUACUACGAGAAGGCCCUCGCCAUCAGGGUGGAGACGCUGGGCGAGACACACCCGAGCACAGCGAGCACCUACAACAACCUCGGCAACACCUACGACAGAAAGGGCGAGUACGACAAGGCGAUUGCGUUUUAUGAGAAGGCGCUCGCCAUCUACGUGGAGACGUUGGGCGAGAAGCACCCGAGCACGGCAAUGACGUACAACAACCUCGGCAGCGCCUACAACAACAAGGGCGAGUACGACAAGGCGAUUGCGUUUUACGAGAAGGCCCUCGCUGCCUUCGUGGAGACUCUUGGCGAGAAGCACCCGAGCACGGCCAUGUCGUACUUCAACAUUGGCCUGCUGCACGACAAGCGCGGUGACAAGGAGCAGGCCUGCGCCUACAUGCAGCGGGCCCUCGACGGUUACACAAGCACGGUCGGCCCAGACCACCCAGACACGCGCGACGCGGAGCGCGAACUGCGGCGCAUUCGCGGCAACGACGAGCCCGUUGACGGCGGUGCACGCACUGGCGGCGCCCUGGGCGAGGAAGAGAACGAGCAGAAGCAGCAAGAAGGAAGCGGCGGUGACGACAACAUGACCAGCCAGGACUGGGCUGUGCUUGUGCUUUGUUGUCCAUGUCUUGUUGCUGCUUUGCCUUUCCUCUGCAUCUACUCCUGCGUGAAGAGCGUGUGUCAGAAGUGA